UGUAAAUUUUGUAAUUUUUCAGUAUUUUUAUUUUUGAUACUCUUUAUUUACGAUAUAAAACAUGAGUAAAGCACUAAGCAAUAAUGGUUUGAUAAUUUACAUGUACUCCUUAUGUUGUGUGUAUAGUUUUUGUUGGGUAAUUUAAUAAACAGCACUGAAGCCUUUGAAACUGUAUUGCUUGAGCACUGACUGCUAAUUUUACCGUGUUGUUUUGUGUUGUGAAGCCUGUAGUGUCCUCAGAAAUAACAUAAGUAGUAGUGGUGGUAGUGGCCGGGUGCUGUGUGUUGUAUCUGCGUAACCAUGCCAAACCUUACUAGCACCAUUAAUCUUAACAAGCACAUGGACGACGCUGUGAAGGGUGGCUUGAAAGAAUGCCGUGUAGUGCUGGAGAGUAUAAAACUUACUUCUGCUUCAGAAAUGGACCAGGAGAUGUCGGAUACAGGUCUGAGGAAGAGCGGGAGACAAAGGAAACAACCUAAAAAGUUUGGGGAGUUUGUUGAAGGCACGAGGCAGCGCAGGGCUCAGGUUCUCAGCUCUGAUGAAGAAGAGCUUAGUGACUUUGAUGGGGAAGUGUGUCCUCAAAAGCCUUCAGCCCUGUUCAGCAAUGAUGAUGUGGAAGGCCAAGACAUGUUCAAGUUUAAGUCGCGGCACACAAAGCAUGACCUACAGAACAUGGUUAAGUUAGCCAUUUCCAACUCCCCCAAGGUAGACACUCCAUUGAAAACCCCCAGAAAAAGCCUUCUGAAGGGGACUGCUAGUCCAUUUGGUAAAAUAUGUGAGGCCACUCCAAAACAAGUUAAGGAUAUUAUGAAGAAGAGAAUCAUCAAAGAGGUGGACAGCGACAGUGCAGACAGUGACUUCUCGGCCAGCAGCAGUGACUUUGUACCCGAGGGGAGUGACCAUGAGAGUGCAGCAUCUUCGCAGUCAGGCAGUGGCUCCGAGGACUCCUCCCCGCGCGCCCCGCCCCCGCCCCCGCCCCGCGGCCGCCGCGCGCCGCAACGGAAUAAGAAUAAAGACUCGGAGUAUAUUGUUACUCCUGAUAACUAUUUCAUGAUGAACUCUAGUAAGAAGAUAGUAACCUCAGACCACACGCUCGAGAGACUCAAAAACUUCAACCUAAAUGAUAACAUGGAGCAGCAACAAGAUAUCCUGAUGUCAGCCGAGCACCGGCUGAAAGUCACCGAGCUGAACACUUACUACGAACAACUGUUUGACAAGUGGCUCUAUGUACUGAGUGAAAACUACAAUAUUGUGCUCUACGGGGUGGGAUCCAAAAGAUCCGUUCUACACAGAUUUCAGGAACAAAUGUUACAGGAUUAUCCGUGUAUAGUUGUCAAUGGAUUCUUCCCCAGUUUAACAAUGAAGAAUAUUCUAGAAUCUAUAGUUAUUGAUCUGCUGGAGUACACACAUGUGCCCUCGAAUAUUGGAGAUGUGGUGAAUCUGAUUGAUACGCAGUUGACAGAGAAUGGGAUAGAGUUGUUCCUGAUUAUUCAUAAUAUUGAUGGGGCGAUGUUAAGGAAUUCGAAGGCUCAAGCCAUGCUGGCGUGUUUGUCGCAGAUUAGAAACGUUCACACGCUGGCCAGUAUUGAUCACAUCAAUGCGCCGUUAUUGUGGGACCACUCCAAGCUCAGCAAGUUCAACUUCACCUGGUGGGAUACCACCACCUUCAUUCCCUACACCGAAGAGACUUCCUUCGAGACUUCCCUGAUGUCUCACCGAAGCGGCGCGCUUCAGUUGUCGUCUCUUAGGAGUGUUUACGCGUCACUUACCACUAAUGCGAAGGGAAUAUUUAAUAUUAUUAUACAGCAUCAGCUGGAUAAUGAUAAGCAGGCGCAUUAUCAAGGCCUCCCAUUCCGCGACCUCUACUCCAAGUCCCGGGAGCAGUUCCUCGUGAGCUCGGACGUGGCGCUCCGAGCACAGCUCACCGAGUUCCUCGACCAUCGCCUCGUCCGGACCAAAAGAAGCUACGAUGGAAGUGAGAAUCUUGUUAUACCGAUCGAGAAUGGACUGUUGCAGCAGUUCUUGGAACAGCAGAAUAGCUAGUGACGUCUAGUAAUUUGUUGAUUGCCUUCUGUUCUAACAUUUGCGGGGUUUACACAAUAAAGCAAGUUAUGAUGGGAGUGAGAACCUGGUGAUACCCAUCGAGAAUGGACUGUUGCAGCAGUUCUUGGAACAGCAGAAUAGCUAGUAACGUCUGGUGAUUUUUAGAUUGCCUUUUAUUCCAACCUUUAAGCAGGGUUUACACGAUAACAGUACGCUCCGUUCUAGCCAACUUGUAUGGAAAUGUCUGAUCACGUGAUCUGUUGUUCGGCCCGAGCGUUAAUGUGAAAUCCCAGCUUUGAUUAUUGUAAGAGUGAGUCGAUUGUAUUCUUUAAAUGUAUUGUUGCAUCCAGCAGCGGACGAUUUCGGGCUGAUGACAAUAUGGUGAACUGAGGCCGUAUUGUGUUUAUUACUGUAGUAUCUGUUGUUUUAAUCUUAAAUUGUAGUACCUAAGUAUCAAUAAUUGAAAAUGAGUUUUGUUAAAUGGAUUAGAUAAGGAUAGGUUGUUAGGAGCGGAUAAUUGUUAAACAUGAUUUUAAGGUUAAUUUAUUGUGUUCAAGUUGUGAUCUGAAAUAAAACGCUACUUUGUA